AUGAGUAGAUCAAUAGGAUUUAACAUCUAUGUGGUCACCUGCAGCAUCCUGCUCUUGUCCUCCAGUCCACCAUGCCUUGCAUCUCAGCCACUGGAGGAGAGGGACAUGACAAAGGUCCAGCAUGGCCCCUGGGCAGGGAAUGGGGUAGAAGACGAAAGGACAAGCAUGCUGAACUUGAAAAAUAACCUGGGCCCUUCUGAGCAGACCGUCUCUGAAGAGCCAUGUGGAGUGUCAGCAAAGCCAUCUGGGAUGCCUUUAAAUGAAGCUCUCACUGCAGAAAGAGAAAUGCUGCCUGUAAGCCCGAGCCGUGUUAUCCCAGGCAGCCAGGGCCCGGGUGCUCACACCUCUGCUGUGGCAGUGGCUGCCAUAGAUGAGGAGGAGCUGGGUCCCACAAAGUCAGAGCUGGAUGAAGAUGAUUCAUUCAAGGCCAUGCUGACUACAGCCGUGACCAUGCUGAACCCUGCUGUCCAGGAGGAGCCUGUUGGUGGCCCCAUUAGCGAGACCACCACAGAGGGUGGUGUUGAAGUAGAGUACAACUCUGCUGGCCUCUCAGCAAACCCCCUUUCUGGGACAGCUGUGGAGGAGGAGGAGGCAGAGAGCAACUUGCACCCCUCAGCUGUGCCCCAGUCCACACUGUACCCCAGCUCUCCCAGUUGGAAAAUAGCAAGCGACCACCCUGUCAUCCCGACUCCCCAGGCUCAUGGCGUGACCUCCGAGGUGGGAAUGCCAAGAGCCUGCACAGGGAGCCCUCUGAAGUCCCUGGCUGUGCGAGCAUCUGUGGCUGCAAAACGUCCCCUCGUGGUGACUGAGGCCUCCCUCCACCUAGAAGCAGGGACGGGUGUCAGGCAAGGAGAGCUGCCUGCUACAGCUGGCACUGUCACCAUCCACCUGAUGGACACUGUCCCACCUGACUGGGAUGACACGAAACUGGGGGACAUAAGUCAGGGGGGAAGCAUGUCUCAUGAAGAGGUGACAAAGGACCUGGGGGCAACAGAACCAUCCCAGACCCCACGGGGAGGUGUGGGGGAGGAAGAGGAUGCAACAAGCGUGCUGCCAUCCCCAGUGUCCUCUCCGCCAACUCCUGACCUUGCCAAGGAGACCAACUGCACAGCGCCGGUGCAAGGGGAGGAGUUGCCGGCAGCUUCCACAGGCAGCAGUGAUGCUCUCCACACUGUGAACCUGACGGGUGUAGACGUGGCUGAUCUCAACUCUCUGGAAAACAUAAAUGCAGUCACAGCAGAGGAGGGGAAAAGCAUCCUGCCAUCACAGCCGGAGGCUGCUGUGGUGACAGGUACACAGUCUGAUCUCUCUUCUACUCUGGAAAGCUCAUGGAAAGGUGUUACUCAGGAGGUGACAACAGUUGCCCAGGAGGCUGAUGUUGCUUUGUCAGUUGUGACACUGGUGCCUGGUGCUACCCAGGGAACAGGAGCUGUAAACCUUCCGCAGGAAAACAGUGGGGAGGACACCCAGAUGCCGACGGCUCCCAGUGCCACCCACAUGCUGGAGGCAGCUGGUACUUCCUCUAUGGCGAACGCUCCAGAUGUAGAAGAUCUCACAGAUGUGGUCCUGGUCACCAGUGAGAAGGCUGUGCCAGCUCCUGGUGGGUUGUCUGCUACCCAGUCUGAACAGACAGAGGAGCCAUCCAGCAGAACCAUGGUCCUGGUAACUCCAGCAUCAAUGGCAUCCUCUGUCAGGAGGACAGCUCUUCCAUCUGUGAGGAAGAUCAGUACAGCUGUGACCUAUGGGCUGGACCGCCUGGAGUCAGAAGAGGGUGAGGAAGAGGAAGAGGAUGAAGAGGAGGAGGAAGAAGAAGAGGAGGAAGAGGAAGAUGAGGAGGACAAAGACAUAGAUUCGAUGGAUGAAAGCAUGGAGGGUGACACUGAGCUGCCAGGUUUCACGCUUCCAGGAGAGACCUCUCAGGAGCCCAUAGCUGGCCUGGAAAACCCUGUGGCCCAGCUGGCCGGGGUGUCCUACCAGGUUCCCGACACCAUCGAGUGGGAGCAGCAGAACCAGGGUCUGGUGAGAAGCUGGAUGGAGAAGCUGAAAGAUAAGGCAGGAUACAUGUCGGGGAUGCUGGUUCCCGUAGGAGUCGGAAUAGCCGGAGCCCUCUUUAUCCUAGGAGCACUCUACAGCAUUAAGAUUAUGAAUCGCCGAAGGAGAAAUGGCUCAAAGAGACAUAAAAGAAAGCAGAGGGAAUUUAACAGCAUGCAAGACCGAGUCAUGCUCUUAGCUGACAGCUCCGAAGAUGAAUUUUGA